CAACGCGGUUUCAGCACCUACCAUGUCUUUGUCAACUAUAAGCAGAGAGCAAGCCUCUCAGUUGAAGGAUUUGGAGAAUGAGUAUGAGGAAAUUCUUGAUGAGAAUUGUAGAGUUUUUUCUCGAUAUUUCAAGGAGGUUUUGCGAGCCAAAAAUCAAGACAAGAUUAUUGAUCCACCAUCUGUAAUUGUACAAAGGAGUGACUGUUUUGAGUUUAGCAAAGAUGAGGAGAUGAUCAAUCAAGAAUAUGGAUUGAAAAAUCGACGGUAUAAUCCAAUAUGGACUGAUUCUGUUGAAGGAGACAAGUCAGUCAUGAAAUUGAAUAGUAGUAGCAAAGAGUUUUCAAAGUUUCCGUCUUUUUAUCCUCAGAGAGUUUCCCUGAAAGUUCUUACAAGUCAAAGAUCAUCAAUAAAAUCAAAGCCAUCCAAUUUUGAUUUGGAACAUGAGUCUUGUUCAAGUGAUGAUUCCAAUGAUCCUUGUUCCACUGAAUCCAAGGGCGAAAAUGAGGAUAUGAACAAAAGAAUGUCAUUGCUCAACACAAGGCAGACGCAAUAUCUAAACGAGAAGCAGCCUAUUAUCAGAGAAUCAAGCUGCCAUCCAGAUGCUUUAAUGGAAUCCAGUGGAAAGAAUACACCACCAAAGGAUUUUGUAUGUCCCAUAACUACACAUGUACUUGAAGAUCCAGUGACUCUUGAAACUGGUCAGACAUAUGAAAGAAAGGCUAUUCAAGAAUGGCUGGAGAGGGGAAAUGCCACUUGUCCAAUAACACGGCAGAAGCUACAUAGUACUCAACUACCGAAAACAAAUUAUGUGCUCAAGCGCCUCAUUGCAAGCUGGCAGGAAAAGGACCAAAAUUCAGCUCCUCUUCAUAGGUGUGAACCUGAAUAUCAACCAGUGAAGAUACCAGGUCCACGUACUAGUUUAGGAGGCCUAGGUUCUUUAGAUGGAACCAUCAGUGAGCUUCGUCGUGCAAUAACCAACCUCUGUACAUCAGAGAUUCUAAGAGAGUCUGAAAUGGCAGUGCUACAAAUUGAGCAGUUCUGGAGAGAAGGUCAGAUGGUUGGUAUUCAGACAAUGCUCUCAAAACCUCCAGUUAUCAAUGGUUUUGUAGAGAUCCUUUCCAGUUCUGUUGAUCCCGAUGUUUUGAUGGCAACGAUAUUUCUCCUCUCCGAGCUGGGAUCAAGAGAUAAUGGUGUCAUCCAAACACUGACCAGAGUUGACACUGAUGUAGAAUGCAUUGUUGCUCUUUUUCAGAAGGGAUUACUGGAAGCUGUUGUUCUGAUCUAUCUAUUGAUGCCAUUUAUUGGAAAUCUUGCAGAAAUGGAAUUGCUGGACUCUCUUCUAAAAGUUCUCAUCAGUCGUGAGGAAGACUUGGUUAGCAUGUUUAUGAAGCCCAAAUCAGCUUCAGUGCUUCUUCUUGGACAUGCUCUUAAAAGCAUAGAGGAGGAAAGAGCUUCCAAAAUUGUCAAGAGGUUGACUUCGGCAAAAGUAGUAGAGUCUAUUUUAUGCAGCUUGGAAGUUGAAUUAGUCGAAGAACGACUAUCAGCUGUGGUUAUAUUAUUGAGAUGCAUGCAACAGGAUGGAAGAUGCAGGAAUAUGAUAGCUGAUAAAGCUGAAUUAACACACCUGUUAGAGAGCUUCAUUGAGUCGAACGAUGCAGAUAGGUUUGAGAUUAUCCAGUUCCUAUCUGAACUGGUCAAGUUAAACAGAAGGGCAUUUAAUGAGCAAGUGUUGCACAUUAUUAAGAAUGAAGGUACUUAUAGCUCAAUGCACUGCCUCCUCAUUUACCUACAGACAGCUCUCCCUGAUCAGUGUCCUGUUGUGGCUGGCCUACUUCUACAGCUUGAUCUGCUUGCAGAACCAAGGAAAAUGAGCAUCUAUAGAGAGGAAGCUGUAGAUGUCCUAAUUAUGUGUCUCAAAAAUUCAGAUUAUCCUGACUCUCAAAUAGCUGCUGCUGAGACACUUUUAGCGCUCCAAGGAAGGUUUUCCUAUUCUGGUAAACCUCUUAUUAGGGAGUUUCUACUUAAACGUGCAGGACUUGACCGGACAGAUCAUAGCAAUGCAGCGCAAAAUGAUACUGGAUAUCUGUCUAGUAGUCAAGAAACAAUGGAAGAAGAGUUAGCUGCUGAGGACUGGGAGAGGAAAAUGGCAUUUUCUCUGGUCAGCUAUGAAUUCGGAUUACUAUUUGAAGCUUUAGCAGAUGGCCUGAAGAGUAAAUCAGCAGAUUUAUUUUCUGCAUGUUUUCUGUCUGCUACUUGGCUGGUAUACAUGCUAACCAUCCUUCCAGACACUGGAAUUAGAGGAGCAGCAAGAGUAUGCUUGCUCAAGCAGUUUGUAUCAAUAUUCAAAUCUUCAAGGGAUACAGAGAAUAAAGCACUUUGCUUGCUUGCACUGAGGAGCUUUAUCAGUGAGCCUGAAGGACUGCAUGAUCUAACAAUCCAUGUGAAGGAUAUACUUAAAGGUUUGAGAGAACUAAAGAAAUCAUCCACCAUGGCUGUUGAAGUUUUUAACCUUUUUUCAGAAGAGCGAGAAUCUAGUGCUGAUAUGUGGAAUCAUAAAGAAAUUGCACUGGAGGAUUGCAGUGUUAACGGUGAAGUCUCUUCAAUUGUGUGCUUCAGAAAUAAAGUUUUUUCCAGUCAUACAGAUGGAACUAUAAAGGUAUGGACAGUAAAAGCUAAAAGCUUACACCUCAUCCAAGAAAUCCGAGAUCAUCUCAAAGCUGCGACAAGCCUGGUAGUUCUACAAUCAGGAGAAAAGUUGUACAGUGGUUCACUUGAUAGAACUGUGAGGGUGUGGUCCAUCCAGGAUGAAGGAAUAGAAUGUGAAGAAAUUCAUGAAAUGAAGGAUCAUGUCAAUAACCUAAUGGUCUCAACCAGCUUGUCAUGCUUCAUUCCUCAGGGAGCUGGCAUUAAGGUGCAUUCAUGGAAUGGAGCAACCAAACUUUUAAAUCAACAGAAGUAUGCAAAAUGCCUGACUCUUGUUAAAGGAAAACUGUAUUGUGGAUGUGUUGAUAACAGCAUUCAGGAUAUUGAUUUGCCAACUGGAACAAUUAACUCUAUUCAAAGUGGCUCAAGAAAAUUAUUAGGGAAAUCAAGUCCCAUAUAUGCCAUACAAGUUCAUGAUGGACAACUAUUUUCCGCAGCUACUUCCUUAGAUGGAGCAGUUGUGAAGAUAUGGAAUACAUCAAACUACAGCAUGGUUGGAUCACUGCAAUCCACAUUAGACGUUCGCACAAUGGCUGUCAGUUCAGAGCUGAUUUAUUUAGGGGGGAAAGGAGGUAUUGUGGAAGCCUGGUGUAAAAAGAAACAUAAUAGAGUGGAGACACUACAAACUGGUAUAAAUGGCAAAGUUGUUUGCAUGGUUCUUGAUACUAAUGAAGAGACUUUAGUCAUCGGAACAUCUGAUGGCAGAAUUCAGGCUUGGAGACUGAGUUGAAGUACAAUGGUGUAAUCAGCUGGUUUAUCAACAUUCUUUUCAGGAAAUAAGCAACGAAAAUUCCCGUAUCAACAAUGUUACUAAAAUAUGUAUAUAGUUGAAUUCGUUAUAUCAAUAAACUCUUUGGGUUUGAUCUCAACUUUCUGUAGUUCAUUUUGUUCAAUAAGA